GUGGUCUCCGAGAUACGCAACGAGCAGUCGCCAGCUGGUUGCCGGUCUACGUGGAUCGUGUGUAGUCGUCGGAACGGGACUCGGUACUUUUUUUUCUCUCUCGUUCGUGCGUUCGCCGAGCGAUUCACGCGAUAAGCGUGCUGACCGGUGAGAGGAGAGGAGACGGGAAGAGACAACCAGCCACAACACGAUGAGUGGUUGUCGUUGACGAGUUCGCCGUCGAACGACCGUUUUUGAUUAAACGGUUCGAGGAACCACUCAUCGCCAGUACACUCCCGAUGAGAGUGUGCCACCGGCAGGAUGUCGUCGGUGUUCUCGAAGCUAAUCGACAAGACGUCCGCGAAAUACGGUUUCAGACAGGAACAGCUGAUCCGUGGCGUGGUCGGCGUAGCGACGACGCUAUACCUCCUGAAAAUCGGUUAUCCAUUAGUGAGUUUCGGCAUAACGCAGUACCAGAAAAGGAGGAAACAGGCGGAGAACGUUUCCCAGAUUUCCAACCGACGCGACAACAAUGCCGUCGGCAAGAAAUCGGCGGCAACCGGUGGGAAAUCUGGCGUCGGUCUGGACCGAGAGUUCAUUAAACAGCUGAUCGCGCUGUUGAGGAUCAUGGUGCCCGGAUGGAGAACACGGGAAGCCGGAUUGUUAACAUGCGCGACGCUCACGCUACUAGCGAGGACGUUCCUCUCGAUUUACGUGGCCACUUUGGAGGGUCAGAUCGUGAAGAGGAUCGUGCUGAGAGAUGUUCACGGGUUCUCCUUGAUGCUCACGAGAUGGUUCGCCAUCGCCCUCCCGGCGACUUUCGUCAAUUCGGCCAUCAGAUAUCUGGAGGGUCGAUUGGCUCUUAGCUUUAGAGGACGCCUGGUGGAGCAUGCUUACAAAAUGUAUUUGAGCCAACAAACGUACUAUAGAGUGUCAGCACUGGACAAUAGACUUGGAGGUGCAGAACAAAGACUGACAGACGAUUUGUCUGAACUGGCGAGUUCCGUGGCGCAUCUUUAUUCGAGUUUAACCAAACCAUUGUUGGACUGUGCUUUAGUGGGCAUUGCGCUUAUUUCAUUUUCUUCUAAAAUGGGAGCAAGAAGGAUACAAGGACCACUGUUGGCAUCCGUAGUAAUUGCUGUCACCGGACAGAUCCUACGUCUAGCUUCACCUAAAUUUGGUCAACUGGUGGCUGAAGAAGCAUCAAAGCGUGGGAGAUUGAGAGAAGCUCAUGCUCGUAUCAGUGCUCAUGCAGAAGAGAUUGCAUUUUAUGGUGGGCACUAUACAGAACACCGCUACUUGAUCACUGCAUACAGAUCUCUUGUAUCGCAUUUAAGAAGAGUGUUGGCUUUGAAAUUAUGGUACGUGAUGCUGGAACAACUGCUGAUGAAGUACGUGUGGUCCGGCACUGGACUUUUAGUUAUUGCUCUGCCUCUCCUUUACACAGCCACUGGAAGUACACAAAUAGAUAAUGGUGAUGGUGGCGUUAGCGAGAGAACCGGAUAUCUGACAACUUCCAAAAAUCUUCUAAGUUCCGGGGCAGAUGCUGUAGAAAGGCUUAUGUCAUCUUAUAAAGAACUAGUAGCACUAGCAGGGUACGCAGCCAGAGUUAGUGAAAUGCUAGAUGUGUUUAAGGAUGCUGCAUUAUGUAAAUAUAGAAGAAAUAUUGUUAAUAGCCCAAUGAGAAUAGGAAAUGGUACAACAAACCAUGCCUUAGAUAAAAUAAUUGAAUUAAAGGAUGGUGCACCAGUGAUAAAAGGAAUUGUGCGCGAAAGUGCAGAUGGCAGUAUAAGUUUAAUCGACGUGCCAAUAGUUACACCCAACUGUGAAGUUAUUGUACCUAGUUUAACCCUUACUAUAAAUCCAGGUGACCAUAUACUAAUCACUGGUCCUAACGGCUGUGGAAAAAGUUCCCUGUUUCGUAUAAUCUCUGGUUUGUGGCCAGUUUAUGGAGGCAUCCUGGUGAGACCCGGUGACAGUUUCUCCGCACAGAGUGGAAGGCCAGCCUUGUUUUACAUCCCUCAAAAACCUUACAUGACCGUCGGUUGCCUGCGGGACCAGAUCAUAUAUCCUUCGGAGUCGCAGACAACGCAGUGUUCGGACGAAGAACUCCUGAAACUGUUGGAAGAGGUUGAUCUACGGGGAUUGGCUGAGAGGGAAACCGAAGGACUCGAUGCCUUCGGUGACUGGGACUCUACCUUGUCGGGCGGUGAGAAACAAAGGCUCGCUAUGACCCGUUUGUUCUAUCACGCCCCGCAGUACGCGCUUUUGGACGAAUGCACCAGCGCGGUGAGCCUCGAGGCCGAGGGUGUGAUAUACGAGACGGCGAAAAAGAAAGGGAUCACCCUGUUGACGAUUACCCAUCGCGUGGCUUCCCUCGCCAAGUAUCACAAAUUAUUGUUACGUUUUAACGGGGAAGGUGGCUGGACCUUUGGCCCAUUGGACGUGGAAAACGGAACGCUUCUAACGAAUCAUACUAGCGAACAAACUGAGCAACACGAAGUGAAAGGAGGCCACUAUCAGAUGUUACACGAACUUCGUGACAUUCAUUCGGAAGAUUCGAAAGUUGGAAUCAGUUGAAGAGGCUUCGGUGAAGACACUUGGAAUUAACUUUAGAAAAAUUUUCUCUAGGAAUUACCCUGUAAGGUUGUAAAUAUAUUUUCAUGGAUGGAUUUUGUACAGAGGUUUACCAAUGUUUCUGAGUGAAUGCUCUAUUUUUGUACGAGCAAAUCUUGCUAUUUAACGAACGUGAAGUAUAAAUAAAUGUUGAUCAACACCUA